AAGAGAAUAGCAAGGAGAUGGAGAGUAUUCCCUCUGUUAUCCCUGGAUGGUUUUCUGAGAUGAGCCCCAUGUGGCCUGGAGAGGCACACUCCUUAAAGAUAGAGAAGGUACUUUAUCAAGAAAAAUCUGAGUACCAGAGUGUGCUUGUAUUUCAGUCUUCAACUUAUGGCAAGGUGCUUGUCCUGGAUGGAGUUAUUCAGCUUACAGAGAGAGAUGAAUGUGCAUACCAAGAAAUGAUUUCUCACCUUCCCCUUUGCUCGAUCCAAAAUCCUCGAAAGGUGUUAGUUAUUGGUGGAGGGGAUGGUGGUGUUUUGCGUGAGGUGUCACGUUAUCCUUCCAUGGAACAAAUUGAUAUCUGUGAAAUUGAUAAAAUGGUUGUAGAUGUCUCCACUGGUUGUUUUCUUCCCCUUCCCCAGGUUUCUAAGCAGUUCUUUCCUGCUUUAGCUAUUGGCUUUGAGGAUCCUCGGGUUAACCUGCAUAUUGGUGAUGGCACUGCAUUCCUGAAAAGUGUCACAGAAGGCACUUAUGACGCAAUUAUCGUGGACUCCUCAGACCCGAUAGGUCCAGCUCAAGAACUUUUCAAAAAACCCUUCUUUGAAUCAGUUGGACGAGCUCUCCGACCUGGGGGAGUUGUUUGCACUCAGGCUGAGAGCAUAUGGCUCCACAUGCACAUAAUUGAGGAUAUUGUCAACGUGUGUCGUCAAAUAUUCAAAGGCUCUAUCAACUAUGCAUGGACCACCGUACCUACAUAUCCAAGCGGAGUGAUGGGCUUCAUGCUUUGCUCUACUGAGGGACCUUUUGUGGACUUUCAGCGUCCUGUAUAUAACAUUGAAGAGAACACUGAAAAUUUCGGCAAUUCUAAAGGCCCUCCAAGAUUCUACAACUCAGAGAUUCAUUCUGCUGCCUUUUGCCUGCCAUCUUUUGCCAAGAGAGUUCUACAACCUGAAAUCAACUGAGUCUUCAGAGAAGGGAGUGAACUCAUUAAUAUACAAUGAGGUUCUAAGAUAAAUUUGUGUGCCAUUGGGAAACAGAGAAGAUAUCAACGUACAAGAAGUCAUAUUUUCUUUUUUGCAUCAAGCUAUGGGAUUUAUGGCCUCAUCGCAUAUUUAUUGGUACCUAAUCUUUAUCAUAUUUCAAAGAGGUGAUCUUGGGUCUGUUUUCUGGUAUUCAAUCAGAUAUGGAUGAUGUAAAAUAAUUAACAAUAUCUGCUUAAUCAUAUUCAUAGCAGAAGAAAAUUGAGAAUGUUUUUUAAUCUUGUUUUAUCAUAGCAGAAGAGAAUGAAAAAUAUUCUUUCA